CAUGGCGUCCCCUUCUUACAGUGCGCCCAUUUUCUGCGCAUUACCGUACGCCUAGCUCUUUUUUUUUUAACUUCGCAAAAUGCCUUCCGAAGUUAAAGCUCUGCUACAAGCUCAAAGUGAAAAACCUCUUCAUUACACGUAUCUGAAGGAAUUUCGUGUGGAGCAAUGUCACCUGUUUCUGCAACACAAGUGCACCCAGCAUCGUCCCUAUACAUGCUUUCACUGGCACUUCAUGAAUCAGCGAAGGCGACGUCCGAUUCGAAGGAGAGAAGGAACCUUCAAUUACAGCCCUGACGUCUAUUGCACGAAGUACGACGAGACAACUGGAUUGUGUGAAGAUGGAGAUGAGUGCCCAUAUUUGCAUCGGGUUGCAGGAGACACUGAACGUCGUUACCAUUUGCGGUACUAUAAGACAGGCAUGUGUGUUCAUGAUACAGAUGCCCGUGGAUUCUGUGUGAAGAAUGGGCAUCAUUGUGCAUUUGCACAUGGCAUUCAAGACCUCAGACCUCCAGUUUAUGACAUCCGGGAACUACAUUUAAUGGAAGGUCCAGAUGGAGAUGGUCACAAUGGAUUUGGUCCUAAUAACUUGGACAAAGAAAGAAACAUGAUGAAUGAUGAUCCAAAAUGGCAAGAUUCAAAUUAUGUCUUGGUCAAUUACAAGACUGAACCUUGCAAGCGUCCCCCAAGAUUGUGCAGGCAAGGCUAUGCUUGUCCUCAAUAUCACAAUAACCGUGAUAAACGCCGUAGUCCCAAGAAGCAUAAGUAUAGAUCAACACCGUGCCCAAAUGUGAAAGCGAGUGAUGAAUGGGGUGAUCCAGCCCAAUGUGAAAAUGGUGAUAAUUGUGGUUACUGCCAUACCCGGACAGAGCAGCAGUUUCAUCCAGAGAUCUACAAAUCAACAAAAUGUAAUGAUAUGCAGCAGAAUGGAUACUGUCCUCGGGGAGCUUUCUGUGCCUUUGCACAUGUUGACCAUGAGAUUGCUGGACCCAGAGAGAUCUCAACUGUACCUGAGUGUGGCACAAGCCUUGCAGACAUUCUUUCUAGUGCUCUUCCCCCAUGUCGAGAAGGAGAGGCCAGUGCAGAAGCUGGGGUAGUCUUGUCUUCAGCCUUCACUGAUGGUCUGGGUCACCAUGCUGAGGGAGGACUAUUUGGAAGAGCAGAACGUAGUCACAGCUUGAGUCUUGGAGAAGACAUUGAUUUAAGUGCUCCACUGCCAUCAUACCCACGUGCACCUGGUUCAGAACGUGAAGACAAAGAAGCCAGUCUGAGGCGGCAUUUUUCAGGUAAUGAUCAGGCAGGAGGAAUGCAUCCAAGGUUUAGCAGCUUGUUUCUAGGAAGCCAGUCAAGUUCUGCCCCAUCCACUGGACCAAAUUUUCCACUGGGAUCUUUCUCAUUUCCCAGUCGAGAUACUCUAGAUUGUGUCUUGGGGAAUGCCUUGGAUGAUCUGCAUAUUGAUGAUCCACUAUUUCUUGGAGCUACAAGCUUGGAGAAGGAGCUUAGUCUUGAUGCAUCUGAUGUACCUUCAAUCAAUCAUUCAAGACUGUUGGGUGAGUCAAGCACUGCACCAGUGAAUAUACCCAGAGCACGGAUGGGAAGUGGAGGAGAUCAUCGAGGAGGUCUGCUGGGAAGUUUCAGUCCUACAUCUUCUCCCCUUGUAUCCAAUGCCCCUCCUGGAUUUCUUCCACAGUCUCAGGGCAAUCCCAUUGAGCACCAGGCAUCUGGAGGAGGACUCCUGGGUGCAAGCCAUUCCUCAAACAUGGUCAAUUCUAUGCAUGGCUUUGGAAGUCUCCCAUCCUCAAAUCUGUUUGGAGAUCAGGGAAUGAUGAUGGGGUCACCGAUAGCGAGGGGGGGUAUUGCAGGCAGCCUUCCUGCUGUCUUGGAAGUCCAGCGACUGAGGGAAGAAUUGCGGGCCAAUCGAGCCAAGCUGGCAUCUUGGGAGGAAGGCAUUGCCCAGGCUAGGACUGCUUGUGAUGCUUGGCGGCGAGAGGCAGAGGAAGCCAAUCAAAAGGCACGGCAAGCACAGCAGGAGAAGAAUGAGGCUAUGCAGCAACUGAAUCUCCUUCACCAGAGUGGAAAGUCUGGAAAUGGAAGUGGAACAGGUUCAGUGAUCUCAGUGGGCAUUCCACCAGGCACAUCACUUGACACCCUGCCAUUGCCAACUCUCAGAUCGCUCCGCAUGCAGAUUGCUUGUGAUCUUGAGAGUAUUGAGCAGCUGAUUCAUCAGAAGCAGACCAAGUUGUGUGUGUCCUGUGAAGAGCUUCCCAGAUCAGCUGAAGUAAUCCUCUUGUGUGGCCAUAUGGCAUUUUGCAACAAAUGUGCCAAAGCAUCCCAUGAGUGCCCUCUGUGCAAGAAUUAGGACAUGUUAUUUUCCUUUGUGUGUGUAUACUCAUUCUUUCAAUUUUGUGUAGGGCCUUCUGAGAUCGGCCUAGCCAACUCAUGACUUCAAAGUUCUCCCCCUCCCAUAGUGCAUCUACCAUCUUCAGUGACAUAAUCAUGCCAUCACAAAUGAUGUGAUAGGUCCAUGGCUUGAUCUUUAUCUAAUACUUCAGAGUGUUGUGCACCUGAGCUCCAGACUUUUGCCAUUCUGAUUUUUUGCUAUGUUGCUAUUUUUAGAGUUUUUGGAAGAGUUAUAGCUUGUCUCUUUUUCAUACUAUAUUUCUUUCUUUGUGAUCAGUGCUCAAAUAUCACAGUUUCUGAUCUAUAAGAAUUUUCAAAUAAUUUCCUGAUUGGAAGAAGGAAAAUAUUUUGCAUUUGGGACAGGAGACAGCACAAUGAAACUUCUCCAUUUUGGAAAUGAGUUUCUAUGCAAGUUGUGCCUUUGUAAUAAAGGCACCUCCAAAUUCAGCCCCAUCCAGGAGUCUUGAUUGAGCUUACACUCAUUUCUUUACUGUGGAUCUGCUUUUCAUGCACAUCAAUUAAGACUUCUGGCCGAGGCUCUUCUAAUUCUACUCUUGAGCAAUAGAGUAGGACCAGAGGAAUUUUUAUGCAAAUUGAAGACAAGCAAACAUAUCCCAUACAAAUCAGCCUAAUCAGUCCUGCUGACUUGAUGUGCUCAAGGCUCUAUGGAGGAUAUUUACAUUUGAGCUUGGAACAUCCCAUCCCCUCCAUUAGUGAUGAAAAAAAUAUAGAUGAAGUUGACCAUCUGAGAAUGUCUGCUUUUGUUUGUCACGGAUGGAUUUAGGGGAGCUUCUGAGGCACUUACCAAUGGUUGAUGAAUUCUAGCAAGAUUAUGUAUAAGUUUUUGUUGGUGAUCAUUGGAAAGAAGUGGCUUAUAAUGCAUCAGUUAAAAUUGGCCCUGCUCUAGACUAAUUAUAUUUUUUAUUUUGUUUCGAAUUGUUUAUGUUAAGAUUUUAAAAUCCAGGGCUUUCAGUUAUAGGGCAAUAACAUUGCUCAAGUCUCAUUGUAUGAAUAUUUUCUUGUGGUGUUAUUUUGUAUGAGGU